AUGUUGCCUGCGGCCCUCUCGGUGAUAACUUUGAUGAUGAUGCUGAUGAUAUCUGAGACAAGAGGAGAACUAAUCAACAAUGUGUCAGCAGCCGAAGCGUUUCUAGCCACCUACAACGCAGAAGCGUCUCAAGUGUCCAACAGAUAUGCUGAAGCAUCGUGGACGUAUAACACGAACAUAACAGAGUAUAACCAGGAAAUCAUGCUAAAAGAGAGACUGGCUGCUGACAAAUUUUCUCAAGAGGCAGCAUGGAACGCUUCCGGCUACAAUCUAACCGUAAUGGAUGCAACAAUGAGAAGACAGUUUGUUAAAAUCAUGGACAUAGGAACUGCAGCACAGACCAAUGAAACGAAGUUGAUUCAUUUAGGCCAGAUAGAAAGUGAGAUGGAGACUAUCUACAGCACAGCAAAGGCCUGUCUGGCUCCAGAAAAAUGUCUUCCGUUGGAUCCAGACUUAACUCGCAUAUUUACCACUUCCCGUGACUACGACCAACUGAUAGCAGCCUGGAAGGGCUGGAGAGAUGCUACAGGUCCCAAGUUAAAAAAUCUGUAUACUGAGUUUGUUACAUUAAGCAAUGAAGCAGUUCGGAAUUUAGGUCACGCAGACCUUGGAGCAUACUGGAGAUCAAGGUACGACACUCCGGAAUUUGAAGCAGAUGUUCAAGCUUUAUUUGAUCAGUUGCGUCCUUUGUAUGAACACUUGCAUGCACAUGCCAGACGUCGACUCAAGACCAUAUAUGGAAAAGACAAGUUUCCUUCUUCAGGACACAUACCUGCUCAUCUCUUAGGAAACAUGUGGGCUCAGCAGUGGUCAUCUCUCGUGGAUGAGUUUGUGCCAUAUAAAGGAAAACCAUCUCUUGAUGUCACUCCUGAGAUGGUUCACCAGAACUACACAGCAGAAAAGAUCUUUCAUACAGCAGACAAUUUUUUCCAGUCUCUGGGCAUGAUCCCAAUGCCUGAACCUUUCUGGAAUAAAUCGAUGCUCAAGAAACCUACAGAUGGCAGAGAUGUUGUUUGCCAUGCAUCAGCUUGGGACUUCAGUAAUGGUAUUGAUUUUAGAAUAAAACAGUGCACUGACAUCACCCAGCAACAUCUUGAGACAGCACACCAUGAAAUGGGACAUAUUGAAUAUUAUCUUCAAUACAAAGACCAACCUUUAGUAUUUCAAAAAGGCGCAAAUCCUGGAUUCCAUGAAGCUGUUGGAGAUGUGAUAGCCCUGUCUGUCCAGACUCCAGAGCACAUGAAAUCUAUAGGGCUGCUGCAUUCAGUUUCAAACGAUACAGAAACAGACAUAAAUUUUCUGAUGAGCAUGGCCCUUCAGAAGAUAGCCUUUCUUCCAUUUGGCUUCCUGAUUGAUCAAUGGCGAUGGAGAGUCUUCAGUGGUGACACAAAACCUGAGCAGUACAAUGAACAUUGGUGGAAUCUGAGGUGCAGAUAUCAGGGUGUUUCUGCUCCUGUUGAGAGAUCAGCUUCAGAUUUUGACCCAGGUGCAAAAUUUCACAUCCCAGCAAAUACCCCGUACAUUAGAUAUUUUGUCAGCUUUGUGAUACAGUUUCAAUUCCACAAGGCACUUUGUGACAAGUCAGGGUACAUUGGCCCACUUCAUAGGUGUGAUAUUUACAACAGUACCGAAGCUGGCACAGCCUUAAGCGAGAUGUUGAAACUUGGUUCUUCAAAGCCUUGGACUGACGAAAUGCAAAAUCUGACAGGUCAGGCCAAGAUGGAUGCACAGCCACUUAUGGAUUACUUCAAGCCCCUGCUGGAAUAUUUACGCAAGGAAAAUGGAAAUGAUUACGGCUGGGAUCCAAUAUGUCCAGACUUGACACCAACUUCAUCUGGAAGGAAUCACGGCAGCAAGGUUUCUAGCCCACUGACAACUCUUUUGAUAUCUGUUUAUGUUUUUUUUGUUUGUGUAUUCAAGUUAUAA